UAUGGCAUGAGAGUAACCCCCUCCCUCUAAAUUAUAUAUUCUCUCUCUGCCCUGCUCAUCACGCUUCUCAUCACUCUAUAAUUCAGUUUCCUUCCUUCUUCCUCCAACUUGCACACACACAAUCUCUCUCUCUCUCUCUCUCUCUCUCUCUCUCUCUCUCUAUGUAAGUUUCUGCGAGCUUUCCAUUUCAGUGUUGACGAGCUUGCGAUGCAACAAGCUGAAACACUGGUUUCAGCGUGUGCCGGCGGUUCAAUCGACCGGAAAAUCACCUGCGAGACCCUAGCCAACAAGACGGAUCCACCGGAGCGCCACCCGGAUUCUCCGCCGGAGUCAUUCUGGCUCUCGAAGGAUGAAGAACACGACUGGUUCGACCGCAACGCCCUCUACGAGCGCAAAGAAUCCACCAAAGGAAGCACAUCCAGCUCCACCACCAACUCUCAGCGAUUCUCUUUGAAUCUCAAGUCCAGGAUCAUUGGCUUACCUAAGCCUCAGAAGCCCUCCUUCACCGACGCCAAAAACCGCCGCAACCACAAGCCCUGCAACAACAUUAAGCUCUUCCCUAAACGGAGCGUUUCCGUUACGAAAUCGGUGACGUCACACGCUGAGCCGUCGUCGCCGAAGGUUUCAUGCAUGGGGAGGGUCAGAUCUAAGCGCGAUCGGAGUCGGAGUCGGAGUCUCAGGUUGAGAAACUCUCGAAAAUCCUCCAUCGACGCCGGAGAAGAAAAUCCGGGGAGAAUCGGGAGAAAACACGGUUUCUUCGAGAGGUUUCGUGCUAUUUUCCGGUCCGGUCGACGGAAAAAGGCUCACCGGGAAACUGAUUCUGCUGCGGAGGAUUCCACCGUAACGAACAGCGUUGUCAAGGCGCGGGAUAGCACGGCGAGCGUGAACGACGCGUCGUUUGCGGAGUCAAUCUCGAGCGAACCGCCCGGUUUGGGUGGGAUGAUGCGGUUCGCGUCGGGGAGGCGGUCUGAGUCGUGGGGAGUAGGUGAAUCCGAAAUCCACGUGUCUCGAUAGUAUUCGCUGAGACGUAACCGUUUGGCGACGGCAGCCAUGAACUGGGGCCCGCUUUGAUAAGCAUAUCUCGCGACUCGCGGGUCUUUCACGUGGGGCCCUGACGUGUGAGAUGGGUGACGUGGCUUGUUGAACAACUGUUUAUGAGACUGUGACUUAUUUUGAUUUUGAUUUUCAUACUACUAUAGUUUGAUUCAAUUUUGGUUGUUUUUCUCACUGUUUUAUAAGUUUUGUGAAUAUUUAAAUUUGUCAUAUUAUACCAAUGGCCGGUUGUUUUCCUUUAA